UUGAGUCUAUACUCAUGGCGACCCUAACUGGGUCGUCAUCUGAUGCUGCCGUACCGAACCGCGGAUCCGCCACGGAUGCCCUACAGGGGACGAGCCCUACCUCUCCGCAAGAGGAUUUUGAGGCUGCGUACCAGAAUCUACUCAACGCUUUGCUCUGGAAAAACCUAGCAAACUAUACUGCCGUCGUGCUUCCCACAUCCGUUCUCUACACGCUCGCCACGCGCGGGAGGUCUGCGCUGACUGUUCAAGGUAUCACAGACCACGCAUCAAUCUAUGGCUAUCUUCCUGCCUAUAUCUCUAGCGCGUUUGAGCCUCUCGCGCUCUUUCCAGGUGGGAAACCAGUGUCAACAGAAGACUUGCGCAAAGCAUAUGCGCGGAUAUUCGAAACGGAAGCCGGGAAGAGCUUGUUCAAUCACUGGAUAUGUGGAUUCGGUCUCGGCUUCCUUUUUGCUAUAUUCGGGAGGAGGCCCACAAGGGCGCCGACCACAGGCAGGAUGGCAGGUUGGGCUAUGGAGAAGCUCGAUACAAUUUCGAUGAUUGUCGACAUGCCAAUCUGCGGCGGCGCCAUCGGCGCGCUGGUCCAUUACUGCAAACGCGGUGCCGAGCUAGUCAAGCCCUACGGAAACCUCUCUUUGACCGAUGCAAUGGAAAGACUCGCAAGGAUAAUCUCAGGCAUCGACUGGCCGUGGCUGCGUGACUACACGUCGAUACAAUUGUGGUCUGGCCUCAAGAUUGUUACUACAUCAUCCCUAGCGGCAAUCCCGAGUAUCACUUUCUUCCUGCCAUUCCAGUCAUCCUCGGUGAUCCCAAGACUCCUAGCAAGGCAUGCCGCCUUCUGGACCUUCGAAGGGCUCCUCAUUGGCGCGCCUAUCGUCCACAGCGCCCUGUCUGAGUGCACGCACAUUCAGAUUCGAGAGAUGCGCCAGCAGAUUUUCGAGGGCCCCGAGGCAAGUUUGUGGAACAGAUACAUUGCGGUCGGCGCAGCCCUCGGUUGCUCUUCCCUUCCCUUUCUCGUCAAGCGCUCUCCGACUUUCCCACUCGUGCGCGACUUCGUUCGUGACGGCCGAUUUUUGAAGACGCCACGGAAUAUCAUCACUCUUGGAGGAACCGCGAUGUUGCUCGGUGGCGGUCUUGGCUCGGCGACUUAUCUCGCACGGAUUGGGCGGUCUCCGAGCCAUUAGUUACUCAGAUGUCGUCAUGUCUGCACACGCUCCUUGGUCUAUUAUAUUCUCUUCACUGUC